AAGCUCCUUCUCCCAUUUCUUGAAAGAUCUCUCGUAUCUCUUUUCGUUUCUAUCUCUAUUACCCUAUUUGAGGCGUUGUAGCUCGAGGAUUGUCGAUUUGGUCUGGGUGGUUUCACUAUCUCUAUUUAUUAUUAAUUUGAAUUAAUGGUCGGGAUUUGCUGUGGAGUUGCUGGUGAAAGGGAAACAGCUGCACCAGUUGAGCCAAGUUCACGAGCUUCAAGGCGGACAAGAUUAGAACUCCGACCACUCAAGUUAGUUACCGACGUGGCAGUUCCACCGUCGUCGAUUCUGGAUAUUACCCCUGCCAAACGGCAGAAAAUGGAAUUGUUGCCGAUUCCUCUCUCACGUGAUUGUGGAAACGCAGUAGAAAAUUGCAAAACAAUCGAAGAAAAUAAAAACCAUAGUAUCUCGAAUCCAAGUAAAUCAGAAUCUGUGAAACUGGAAGAAGAAGCUUCAAAAUUCGGCAUGACUUCUGUUCGUGGUAGAAGAAGAGACAUGGAAGACGCCGUCUCGAUACACACGUCGUUUACAACUAAAAACACUUCGUUUUUUGGUGUUUUCGACGGUCAUGGCUGCUCACACGUGGCGAUGAGGUGUAGAGAUCGGUUACAUGAAAUAGUGAAAGAAGAAGUUGAAGGUUUUAAAGAAGAAAAAAGUGUAGAGUGGAAGGAAACUAUGAAGAGAAGUUUUAUAAAGAUGGAUAAAGAAGUGGAGAAUUGCUGUGUUGAAGGAGAUAAUAGUUCUAAUUGUAGGUGUGAGUUACAGACUCCGCAGUGCGACGCCGUUGGAUCUACUGCUGUGGUAGCUGUGGUGACGCCUGAAAAGAUUAUUGUCUCGAAUUGUGGCGAUUCUCGUGCAGUUCUUUGUCGAAACGGUGACGCUAUUCCUCUCUCAUCGGAUCACAAGCCUGAUCGACCAGAUGAAUUGCUUCGGAUACAAGAAGCUGGUGGCCGUGUAAUUUAUUGGGAUGGGCCAAGAGUUCUUGGUGUUUUGGCCAUGUCUAGAGCCAUAGGUGAUAAUUACUUGAAGCCCUAUGUGAUACCGGAACCAGAUGUGACUUUGACGGAGCGGACGGCGGAGGAUGAGUUUUUGAUACUGGCAAGUGAUGGACUGUGGGAUGUGGUGCCAAAUGAUACUGCUUGCGGGGUAGUGCGAACGUGCCUCCGUGCCCGAAAGCCACCGUCACCACCCGGGUCUCCUGGCAGCGAUGCCGCCAUUGAGAGUUCUGAUAAGUCCUGCUCAGAUGCAUCAGUUCUGUUGACCAAGUUGGCCUUGGCCAGGCACAGCACGGACAAUGUUAGUGUUGUUGUUGUUGAUUUGAGAAGAAAUCAUCAUUAACAGUCAAGUAGCAGAUAAGAAAAAUAUAAUUUAGACCAAUCAAAGAAAAAACGGGAAAAAAAAAUAUUGUAAGCAGUUUCAUUUGUUUUUUAAUUGUAUUUUGUAGGGUUUCAUUUUUAAGAAGGAUAAGGAAAUUUUACAUCUGGGAUUUUCUCUGGAGGUUUGAUGAAUGCUUGCUAGGCUGCAAAUCUUUGCAGGAAUAUGGUAAUAUAGCUGAGGCGAGGAAUAUGGUUCCAAGUUUGUGUAUAGAAAUCAAGAGGGACUUUUUAUUCCUCAAUAUGAAUCAGUAUAUCAGUUUUCUUCUCUCGUUAGACAAA